CAUGCAUAACGAGCUGAAAGCGAAACCAAAUCUUAAUCUGCGGCAAAAAUCCAUCUUUCUCUAUCGAUAGCAGGAUGAUGCCGAUGAACAUGAAGUUUCUGUAUCUAUUUGUGGUAUUCUUUGUGUUUGCAGACAGAGUAAUUGGUCAAGAUAUCCAAAAAACCAUUGUUGGUUGCAUAAGUGACAAUGUUACUUUGACCUUUGAUCUACCUGAGAAGAGGAACCAUACUGUGGAUAGUUAUAUUUGGUACAAACAGGAUGUAUCGGGGGAUCCCAGCUUCGCCAAAUACACUGUAGCUGAAAACAAGUUUGAAAUCUACAGAGAUGCCCACGAUCGGCUCCUCCACAAUCAUAAUGAUCCAUUACAGCUGAGAAAUUUAGUUUUACUGAAUGUGCAGAAAAGUGAUGAGUCUAAAUAUGUUCUGGUAAUUAAUUAUGUCAACGUCACGCAGCAGACAUCGGAGUAUCUCUUACGAUUGUCAGUAAAAGAUGUUUGCUUUGCAAAACCCAUGGAAGAGGACGAAUGUGUUACUUCAACUUGUUUCACAGGAGAAAAUGGGAUGCUUACAAUGAAUAAUGAAACAGGCCAAACAGUGAGUGGUUACCAAGUGAUAAGACACUGUACAAAAGGUGUAUCCAUGAGCUAUGAAUGCUGUAAUGCAGCAGGUACCUGUGAGGAGCAGAUGUUCAAAGUACCUGGUAAAGAUGCUAACAAAGAUGGUGGAUCUCCAGUUGGUAUAAUAAUACCUGUUGUAAUAGUUGCACUUUUAUUAGUGGUUUUUGGUGCCGUGGCUGUAGUGUUCUAUAGACAUCGUAAAGAUAAAAAGGAGAAAAAAUCAGAGGAUCAAAAAGGUGAAGAAAAAGUCAUGCUCUAAGGCAAGGAGGAUGUUUAAAGGAUUUGAAAAAAAGCAAUGAUUAGAACUGUUGAUUGUAAUAGUUUCAGAUGUAUAUGAAUUUCCUUGUUUUGUCACAAACUCUGAUUUCACCUCAGUUGUCACCAUUGUAUACCAUAUGUCAGUAUGUGUUUAUGUUUCAUUUUGUUAGUUUGAUUUUAAUUUUUAAUGGUGUGCUUCUUAUGACAGCAAUUUUGAAAUGGAGCCUUGGUUGUUUUUUAGUAGCUCACCUGAGUCAAAGGCUCAGCUCAGCAUUUUUGAUUGAAGGGUGUCAAGCUUUUAUCUGCCAUAUGUCAUGUGUAAAUUUUCAGAUUUCAAUUUCUCCAGAACCAAUUUUAAAACUUUAUGAGUAUGAAUUUGAAAUUGUCCAAACAUUACUGCCAAGGUUAGGGUGAGACAACAAUCGAGGAUUGGGUAUUAACAUGGAAUAUAUAGGGAAAUUAAUGCUUUUGAAUAAUCCUUUCCAAGAAUAGCAUUCAACAAUUAGUAGUAAUAAUAAAUAUAAAAAGGUGACUCAGGUGAGUUUUGUGGUCCAUGGUACCCUUGAGUAUAAGAGGUGUUUUUCUUUUGUUUUUUAUUUUUUUCCUCCAUUUGUUGGAAAACAAAGUUGUAGAAUUAUUUUGCAAGUGUUGAUAUUUUUUUUUGUUUUAUGCAUAAACGAGAGUAAUCAUUUUAUUGUCUAAGCAAAACACUCAAGUGUUUGUCAACACUGAAAACCCUGAAACUAGGAAAUAAGAACAAAACAGAUUGAUGAUCAAGGAUAUCUGUAAGAUUCCUCAUUAUGGAUGAUCCCCAGAACAACUUUGGGUUUGUAACAAGCUUUGCACAGGUUAUCAAUGAAGUUUUCACAGAAGGGGAUCUUUUUUUUUUUGGAUUUUUUAAAAAUGAUGAUGGCAAGUGAUAUCCUGCAAACAAAACAAUGUGGCAUCAAAGUAAUUCACAAUCACCAAUAUAAACUGGUCGUUGACAAGUCAUUUAUGGCUUAAAAAGUAUUUGUUCUCAUUAUAUUAUAGCCUCAUGAGGAAGGGGGAAAACAGGUAAUUCUAGUGAGCAUUGUGUCUCACAAAGGCAUCUUUUCAGCUGAAUUUAAUGACAUAGAUGUAAUGUUACAAUAAAUUGUAGUUUUGUGUACCAUGCUUACUUAUGUGUGGGAGAUCAGAAAAAAAGUUUUAACAUGUUAAUUGUAACAUUAAUAUACCAGCAUACCUACAGUUGUACAUUAUAUGUAUUGUAUGUGUAUUUCCUGACUACAAAGAGAACAUACCAAGAGCAUUGUUAAGUAGAGCAUCCUUUGCAGCAUGUUGACAGUUUCAUUCCAAAAAGCACAUUUGAACAAUUGAUGAUUUUGUGAAGGCAGCAUCACUAGUGCUGGUUUUAACAUAUAAACUUUUACUUAACACCCUUCCCCGCAGUCACGCAUUUUAAUGCAUAUACUGUACCAUUUCCUAUUUCUAACGCAAAAUCACUCAUUUACCGUUUCCCCGCAAUCACGCAUUUUCACGCACUUCAAAAAGUUCAUUUAAUCUUCAAUUUAUUGCCAAAUCCCAACCAUUUUAUACUUGAUUGAAUCUCAUAAAAUAAGAAAAGUUAUUUUCUAAUUAAAAUAUUAUUUCAGAAUAUUAUUUACGCUAAACUUUAGAGAAAUUUGUACCCUGCUAUAAAGUGCUUGCGGGGAAAUGGUAAAGUAAUAUUUCUAUGAUGUGAGGAUUCAGUGUAUGUUGCAUAGCAAUUCUGUAAGUUGUAAAGAGUUAAAACAUCUUGUCAUGUGUUUGGCUAAAUGGUCACACUAGCAUGGAACUUGUCAUUAUAAUAUUUCACAGGUUUUGACCCAAGUGGAAUAGUAUCUGUAGAUUGGGUCAACAGCUAGCGAUAUAGUAUGCAUGCAUGUCAACUAUAUAAUUUUACUUUUAAAAAAAUUAAAAUAAAGAAAAGUGUGAAGCUUAGUUAUACAUUUACAUCUUAAAAAAAAUAUUUUUAGUGAGAGACCCAAUGGUAUUCUUGUCUCGGUGUAAUGUUCUACAGUAACUGUGUAACUGAACACUCAUAAUUGCGUAUUGAUUGCUCACAUUUUGUUAGAAUGUAAUUGUUAAAAAGAUUGUAUAAGAUAGUAAUUGCUUAAUUCAAUAUUUUAAUUUCUAUGUUGUGCUAGUAAGAUGAUGAUGUGAAUGAAGAUUUUAGUGCAUAAUAUUCUUUAGAACUGUGAAUGUUAGCAUUUAUUUCUCUCUCUGCCUCCAAGUCAGUUUUCGAAACAUAAUAUAUUUGAAUGAGGUUAGUAUUUAUAUUGAUAUUUUAAUGGAUUUUCACAUUAUAUAAAAUUUAUUUGGAAUCUAAAGAGAAAUAUUGUUAUUAAUGUCAUAAAAAAACAUGCCCUUUUCCUUCUAGAAAUCAAGUAUUUGGGAAAGCAUUUUAAAAAAACUGUUCCUCUCUGUAAAAAAGAAAUUUGUUUUGACAAGUGUUACGUAUUAAUAUACAUGCAUAUUAAUAUAAUAUAUGUAUUUAUAUAUAAUGUUUACUAAUUAACAUUUUACAAAUUCAUGGCAAUACUUUUGUAGUUUUAAAGAAGAAACAUGUUUUACAGACAAAAAUUCAGAAAAAAAUGUUCAUUUUAUUACUAAUUUAAUUGAGAUUACAACUAAAAAUAUACUUUGUCAAUCAUUUUACUCUGAUUGGCAAAGUAUUGCGCAGUGGAAACCCUUGAAUUAUUUAUGAAAUGUUUUUAAGUUUUGUGUGAGUUAUUUAAGGAAUGUUUUUAAGUUUUGUGUGAGUUAUUGGUGUGUGAAUCACACAGACUUGUCACGUAGGCA